CCUUAACAGCACAAAUACUCCUAGCGCCUCCCCUCUUCGCCAUCAUCAGUAAUGCUGUCUAGCUUAAAACAAAUACUAAAUACAGAGCAUCCUAUAGUAACUUGUUGUAAUGGUACCUUCCAUGAAUAAGUAAGAAAAAGACUGAGGUCUUCUCUGUGCUGUAUGUGUCUGUAGUUUUUAAAGGGGUUGAGGUUGAGACAGUUGCUUUGUUGGUAGCACUGUUGCCUCACAGCAAAAUGUCCCUGUUACCCCUGAACCAGAAUGUCUUCCUGUGUAGAGUUUGCAAGUUCUUCCUGUGUCAGAAAGUUUCUAGUUUCCUCCCAUAGUCCACAUGCAGAAUUGAGGCAGCUGUUUUGCCCUUUCCACCAACUUAUGUGUAGAUUAACUGGUUCUCAUCAUGAAGCCAUAGAUGCUUGAAUGGCACAAAAAUGUACACAGCAAUACUUUUAAUCCUGUAAUGCAUUACAUCAUCAUUUCAGACUUACAUGUAGAAUGAACAUUUUCCACCAAAACAUGUUUACAUCAUAAAUAAUACCAUUUCUAUUUAGAAUACCAAAUGUGAACAAACAGUUGAACAUGAACACACCCUUUAGUGUAUAUGCUUCUUUUGCAAUGUAACAAACUAUAGCUGUUUAUAUGUAUAUUUGCUCUCUAUCGUUGCUAUUGCCCUCAAGCCUCCUAACCAUGAAUGAUUAUCAAAACACUUUCUGACCUCAAUCUGUGUGUAACUCCAUUCCUGAAAAUUGCUGCACCUCACUGUAAUCUCUUCUCUGCAGUUAAUCUGGGCAGGUGGGGGCAUAUAAAAUAGACCAACCUGGAUCGCGUCUUUUCAUGGACUUCUUUUGCUUUCUUGAACGGAGGUGUGAAAACUUAUAAAUGGUCUGUUAGCAGAUUUCUAUUUUAAUUUUGACUGACUGGUGAACCAAUCAUGAAUGGGACAGAAGGUCCAAACUUUUAUGUGCCAAUGUCCAACAAGACCGGUUUAGUCCGCAGUCCGUUUGAGGAGCCACAGUACUACCUAGCAGAGCCGUGGAAGUACUCUCUCUUGGCUGCAUACAUGCUCUUUCUUAGUAUCACUUCAUUUCCUGUUAACUUCCUGACACUUUAUGUCACUGUUCAGCACAAAAAACUCCGCACACCUCUUAACUACAUACUGCUCAAUCUCGCUGUGGCCGAUUUGUUUAUGGUGGUGGGAGGUUUUACUGUGACCCUCUACACUGCCUUGCAUGGAUAUUUUGUCCUGGGAGUGACAGGAUGUAACAUUGAGGGCUUCUUCGCCACCCUGGGUGGUGAGAUAGCGCUGUGGUCUCUAGUAGUUCUGGCUAUUGAGAGAUAUAUUGUGGUGUGUAAGCCAAUGACAACGUUCCGAUUUAUGGAGAAACAUGCCAUCAUGGGUGUAGGCUUCACCUGGGUCAUGGCUCUCACCUGUGCUGUGCCGCCUCUGUUGGGGUGGUCCAGGUAUAUCCCAGAAGGUAUGCAAUGUUCUUGUGGAAUAGAUUACUACACACCAAAACCUGAGUUCAACAACACUUCAUUUGUCAUCUAUAUGUUCAUCCUUCAUUUCUCCAUUCCACUUUUUAUCAUCUUCUUCUGCUACAGUCGUCUUAUCUGCACCGUUCGUGCGGCUGCGGCUCAACAGCAAGAAUCGGAGACGACCCAAAGGGCAGAGCGGGAAGUGACCCGCAUGGUGGUUGUCAUGGUGAUUGCAUUCUUAGUCUGUUGGGUACCAUAUGCCACUGUGGCCUGGUAUAUAUUCGCUAAUCAAGGUGCAGAAUUUGGCCCCGUCUUUAUGACAAUUCCAGCGUUCUUCGCUAAGAGUGCCGCACUCUACAACCCUGUCAUCUACAUUAUACUCAACAGACAGUUUAGGAACUGCAUGCUUACCACAGUCUGCUGUGGUAGGAACCCUUUCGGUGAAGAGGAGACCAGCGCAGCUGUCUCCAGUAAGACUCAAUCAUCAGUGGUCUCAUCCAGUCAAGUGGCUCCUGCCUGACCAACAGAAACCCCAACUUCGCAGUCCAACUGUGACAAACCACCCAGAGAUUUGUGCAUAAAAUGUCUCUCUAAAUACACCUGGCUACAAUUUA